AGGCUGUCUCGAACGCCCCCAUUAACGUGCUUCACUUCCUGCUUCUCUCCGAACCAGGAAAUAAACAAGUCGGUGGUCUGGUUUAAUGAACAGGCGGUGUCCUUUUUAAAUAGCAUUAGAUUAUAGCUAUUUGGCCAAAUUAUCGCCUGUCACCAUGGCCGGCUUCUUCAAGAAAAAGACAGUAGAUGAUGUGAUAAAGGAGCAGACCAAAGAGCUGAGAGGAACCCAGAGACAGAUCACCAGAGACAGAUCUUCCCUGGAGAAACAGGAAAAACAACUGGAGAUGGAGAUUAAGAAGAUGGCGAAGACAGGGAACAAGGAGGCGUGUACCAUCCUGGCCAAACAGCUGGUUCAGCUGAGGAGACAGAAGAACAGAAGCUACGCCGUCGGUUCAAAGGUCACCUCCAUGUCCUCUCAGACCAAACUCAUGAACUCCCAGAUGAAGAUGGCAGGGGCCAUGGCUACCACUACCAAAACUAUGCAGGCUGUCAAUAAGAAGAUGGAUCCUCAGAAGAUGCAACAGACCAUGCAGAACUUCCAGAAGGAGAACAUGAAGAUGGAGAUGUCAGAGGAGCUGAUUAACGACACACUGGAUGAGAUCUUUGACGCGUCUGGAGACGAGGAGGAGUCUGAUAGCAUCGUUAACCAGGUUCUGGACGAGAUAGGCAUCGAGAUAUCAGGAAAGAUGGUGAACGCUCCUUCAGCCAGCAGAAACAAACCCACCUCUUCUGCCACCAAAUCAGACGGCAUCUCAGACGAAGACAUCGAACGACAGCUCAAAGCCUUGGGAGUGGACUAACACACACACACACCCUGUGCCUGGACACACACACACACGACUCCCCCUGUUCAGUUUCUGACAUGCCUUUUCUGGGAUAUAGUGACACUAUUAUAUUUAUAUAUAUAUAGUCUAUAUGACUAUAGAUGGCAGUUGAUGUAGAGGUCCUGCUGUGUAUUGGGUCUACGCAGUGGGCCACACAAGGAGAGUGAGUUUUGAAUAACAGGGCCACCACGUUCAGUAGCCUAACGUUGUAGAACGUCGCUGAUACAAUAAAAUGUAACGAAUAAGAGUCUCAUUCUACACGUCAGAGAGGCGUGCUUUUGUUCUGUAUAGCCCCCCCCCCCCCCCCCCCCAGGAACCAGGAAGUAAAGGAGAAUGCUGCUUUAGUUCCAGGUCAGUGCUCCAAAAGGUCACGGGAUUUAUCAAGAUUUAAAGUUCAUGACAGCCUAUCAAUUAAAAAAUAUUGAACUUUUUUUAUUUUUAAGAACCAGGAAAGUUGAAUUGCAUGUGUAACUGAUGAUUAUACUCGUUGUCAGACAUAUCUUUUCAUUUGAAUGCAUGAACAGUAGAAUCUGAAACUACCUUUCACCCCCCCACCUUAGCCUCACCUCCCCCUGUCCCCCCCCUUAGCCCCACCUCCCCCUGUCCCCCCCUUAGCCUCACCUCCCCCUGUCCCCCCCUUAGCCUCACCUCCCCCUGUCCCCCCCUUAGCCUCACCUCCCCCUGUCCCCCCCUUAGCCUCACCUCUCCCUGUGUCCCCCCCCCUUAGCCCCACCUCCCCCUGUCCCCCCUUAGCCUCACCUCUCCCUGUGUCCCCCCCCCUUAGCCCCAACUCUCCCUGCCCCCCCCCCUUAGCCCCACCUCUCCCUGUACCCCCCCACUUAGCCCCACCUCUCCUUGUCGUCCCCCCAUUUAGCCCCACCACUCCUUGUUCCCCCCCCACCUAGACCCACCUCUCCUUGUCUUACUUCCCAAUCAGUCCUUUCCAGAACAGGUCCAACAGCGGGACUGCUAUCUGUGUGUGUGUGUGGAUCUCAAGGGGGAGUUUUACACAGGUGUGUGAGACACUACUGCGUCUUCGUCUAGCGAGGCCGUCCUUCCAAAUGCCACGGAAACCUGGGCUUCUGAGGCCGACUGGAUCUCAAUGUUAUUACAUGUCUGUCGGUAAUGACGCCACUGUCUGAACCAGUAGGGGACUUUAACAGGGCUCGUACUCACAAAGCUUCUCAGAGUGGUCGUGCUGAUCUAGGAUCAGGUCCCCUCUUCAUUAUGAUCUAGGAUCAGGUCCCCUCUUAUUCAUUAUGAUCUAGGAUCAGGUCCCCACUUAUUCAUUAUGAUCUAGGAUCAGGUCCCCUCUUAUUCAUUAUGAUCUAGGAUCAGGGUCCCCUCUUAUUCAUUAUGAUCAGGUCCCUCUUAUCCAUUAUAACCUACAUCCAAAACUGAUGCUAGAUCAGCACUCCUGUUCUGAUAUGCUUUGUGAACACGGCCCUGAUAUCUUACAGCUGUGAUGUGGUGGCCAACUCUUGUCCUGGGGAGCUACGCUCCUGCAGGGAUUUGUUCCGGCCCAACAGUCAUCUUUGUUUUUCUGCUAUCCUCUCGUUUUGAGAAAGUGUAAAUAAAUUUAAAAAAACUUUAUUUCA